AAUCGCGUAACGAUCGUGAUCGUUGCAAGUCGUACACAAGUUCUACAUUGUUUGGACUAGGCGAAUAGUCACUUGUGUGCACCACCAAUUGCAGCUUCUCCAUAUAAUUUCGACCGUGACUGGAAUCACGUAGCUCGGAAUUCCCAACAGCGAAACGUUUUAAUUGCGUAGAGGGAGAAAUAGCCCGCGAGUAUAGUGGCAACAGGGUUGAAAGGUCGCAACACCCGCGUGAUGUACAAUGAAAAUGGAUAUGUGCACUGCGGAAUUUCCAUAGUUGCUAAUCCAUCAUAAUUUGUUUGAUUCAAAUGAACCAUCUCUCGCACGACAGUUAAUUACAUACCAACAAGAAUUUCUUAAUACAAUUUUGUUUUUGCACUUGUGACGCUUAUUAAAAAUGAGGUUGCACUCGGUUGCUUGAGAAAAUAUAUGCAAAUGCAUAUACUUUCUUGGGAGGAAGAAAGAUAAGUCUUGCAAAUUGAAUCGGACCAGUUCAGUGGUCACAGUCCGUCACGAGUCAGACAUGGCGGAUAAUGGAGUGCCACAGCUACUGUCAGUCCACAUUUCAAUACCGCAUUCAUGGUCUUACGGGCAAUGCUUAUAUAAAUAGCAUUCAUCGAACUUUCCGAUACUUAUUAAGUAUUGAAGUUGUCGUUGCGGAGCUGCGGAAAGUCUGCCAUUGCGAAUUGCGACGCAUUGCUCAAUCGACAAUAACAGCGAGAGAAAAAGCCGUGCAGCGGGAAAAAUCUCGAACGCGUGCAAGAGAGGGAACGGUGCGCGAUCGGCUUGGAGACCGCGGCUUUGAUAGACGCCACAGGAAAGGGAGAAAGAAGGCGUCGGAGUUCGGAAGACGAGUGGGAAAAGAGGAGAGCGUAUAUACGUGCGAGGGAAAUAGUGGAGAUUCCGCGGUUUUCGAGUAUGCGGGCGAGAAACGAAAGAGAAAAUAAGAGUAAAAAGGAAGCGAAUUAUUGGUCGACAUAGAGAAAAACGAAGGAUGCUGUAGAGGCGAUGAAGGGGAGAGGGGAAAAUGAUAGGAAGGCAGACAGCUGCGGAGAGACUGAGAGGACAAAAAUAACGAUGAAGAGAGAGGUGAGAGGAGCGAACGAGAUAGAAGAAGAAGAAGUAGAGAGGAGAGAAGAUAGAAGGGACAGAGAGGAAGCGGAAGGGAGAAGGAAAAGGAGAUGAGAGGGAUGAUGCUGAAGGGCGAGAGGUACAGCUGGGUUGCAGCACGAGUAACGAAGAGAGGGAAUCGAUGUGAGUGUGAGACACUGGUGGGGAAGCACCAAUCAAUAGACGCGCGGCGGCGCUCCACCUGUCAACGCGCGGAGAUAAACAUAGGUGCCAUUUUUGAGCAAGGUACCGACGAAGUACAGAACGCCUUCAAGUUUGCAAUGAUGAGCCACAACCAGAAUAUUACAACUCGCAAGUUUGAACUGCAAGCCUUUGUGGAUGUAAUUAAUACCGCGGAUGCUUACAAGCUAUCCCGCCUCAUCUGCAGCCAGUUCAGUAGAGGUGUAUCUUCGAUGUUGGGCGCUGUGAGUCCAGACUCGUUCGAUACGCUACAUUCAUACAGCAACACCUUCCAAAUGCCAUUCGUGACACCCUGGUUCCCCGAAAAGGUCCUGACACCAUCCUCGGGUCUCUUGGACUUCGCCAUAAGUAUGCGACCGGAUUACCAUCGUGCUAUCAUCGAUACGGUGCGAUACUAUGGUUGGAAGAAAAUCAUCUACCUCUAUGACUCCCACGAUGGACUACUCAGGCUGCAGCAGAUUUAUCAGGGGUUGAAACCAGGCAACGACUCCUUUCAAGUCGAAACCGUCAAGAGAAUACAGAACGUGUCAGAGGCGAUCGAUUUCCUACGUAGCUUGGAGGAGCUUAAUCGAUGGAGUAACAAAUACGUCGUUCUCGACUGUCCAACGGACAUGGCGAAAGAUAUCGUUGUGAGUCAUGUGAGAGACGUAGCCUUGGGAAAGAGGACGUAUCAUUAUCUGCUGAGUGGCUUGAUAAUGGACGACCGAUGGGAGAGCGAAGUGAUCGAGUAUGGCGCCAUCAACAUCACGGGCUUUCGCAUCGUGGACGCCACUCGACCUCACGUCAAGGAUUUCUUAGCCAACUGGCAUCGUCAGGAUCCCGCCACGUCUCAAGGCGCCGGUCGUGAAUCCAUUUCCGCACAAGCCGCUCUGAUGUACGACGCUGUGUUCGUCCUGGUUGAAGCCUUCAACAAACAUUUGAGAAAGAGGAAUGACAAAAAUAAUAUGAGACGAGUAACAUCGACCAGCAAUCAGACUAUAAACGGAACCAAACCUUUAGACUGCUACCACAAUCGCGGUUGGGUUACUCCGUGGGAACACGGCGAUAAAAUCUCCAGACUUUUAAGAAAGGUCGAGAUCGAAGGAUUGACGGGAGAGAUACGAUUCAACGACGAUGGCCGACGACAGAAUUAUACGCUUCACGUCGUCGAAAUGACUGUCAACAGCGCUAUGGUGAAAGUUGCUGAAUGGACCGAUGAGGCUGGUUUUCAACCAAUAGCCGCAAAAUACGUGCGACUUCGUCCGCACGAAAUCGAAAAGAAUAAAACCUACAUCGUUACUACAAUAUUGGAGGAACCUUUCAUAAUGAGGAAAGUAUCGGACACAGGUGAAGUAUUAAUGGGAAAUGACGGUUAUGAAGGAUACUGCAAAGACUUAGCUGAUCUUAUAGCGAAGAAAUUGGGCAUAUCAUACGAGCUGCGGAUCGUGAAGGACAGAAAACACGGCACGGAGAACCAGGACGUUUCAGGCGGUUGGGACGGUAUGGUCGGGGAGCUUAUCAGAAAGGAAGCCGACAUAGCAAUUGCUCCUCUGACCAUCACUUCUGAACGUGAACGCGUGAUCGAUUUUAGUAAACCGUUUAUGUCUCUCGGCAUUAGUAUCAUGAUAAAAAAACCCAUUAAACAAAAACCCGGGGUCUUCAGUUUUCUGAAUCCGCUGAGCAAGGAGAUCUGGGUGUGCGUUAUUUUCUCUUACAUCGCAGUUUCUAUCGUCUUGUUUAUUGUAUCGAGGUUUUCGCCAUAUGAAUGGAGAGUUCUAACCAUAAGUGGUAGCACAGAUUCAGCUAUUAGUGGACGAAACGACCCCGGUUUGCAGCAUCCACACACGCCGCAAGGUUCUCCUCAUAUGCCAACUUCCAGCAUGGCCAACGACUUCAGCAUUGUAAAUAGCCUCUGGUUCGCUCUGGCGGCGUUUAUGCAACAGAGCUGCGAUAUCUCACCCAGAUCCAUAUCUGGUCGCAUAGCUGGCAGCGUCUGGUGGUUCUUCACUUUGAUUUUAAUAUGCUCCUACACCGCAAAUCUCGCCGCAUUUUUAACCAUCGAGAGAAUGGUCACGCCAAUUAACUCACCCGAGGAUUUAGCGGCACAGACGGAGGUCCAAUAUGGCACCAUCCUUAAUGGUACCACUCUGGAUUUUUUUCGGAAAUCUCAAAUCAAUCUCUACAACAAGAUGUGGGAAUUUAUGAACUCGCGGAGAGACGUGUUUGUACAAUCAUAUGAAGAAGGAAUAGAAAAAGUGAGAACAAGUAAAGGCAAAUAUGCGUUUUUAUUAGAAAGCCCGAUGAACGAUUACAUCAACGAGAGAGAGCCCUGCGACACGAUGAAGGUCGGGAGAAAUCUCGAUGCCAAAGGUUUUGGUGUCGCGACACCGCUAGGAUCUCCACUUAGGGAUCCCAUAAAUUUGGCGGUGCUUUCUCUGAAGGAGAAUGGAGAACUGGCAAAGUUAGUCGAACGAUGGUGGUACGAAAGAACAGAAUGCAGGCAUGGUGAUAAGCCAGAUCCUACCAGAAACGAGUUAUCGCUGAGCAAUGUAGCGGGAAUAUUUUAUAUCCUGAUCGGUGGCCUUCUUCUGGCACUCGCCGUAGCUCUCUUGGAAUUCUGCUAUAAGUCGCACACAGAGGCGACAAGAGCGAAGAUACCGCUGUCGGACGCGAUGAAGGCGAAAGCACGACUUACUAUCGGUGGUGGUCGCGAUUUCGACAAUGGACGGCGCGGGAAGAAACGAGUACUGGCUGCGGAGGUACCAACAUUGACUACGUUCGCGCCGAAGUAUUACGCACCAGCAAACGCGAUUGGGAACACCGAGAGCGAUCAAGUACACAGCAACACACAUACCCAGGUAUAAACUGCUACCAGGAAAGCCCGAGCGACAAUUCGCCCGCAAAUUCGCUACCCACACCCCCGCCGCCACCGUUGGUGGCACCACCGCCACCACCCCCGCCACCCAGGAGACCACGAAGGAACGUGACCUUCGCGGAAUCGCCACCGAAGAGCCCGAAGAAGUCUAAGAGCCCGAAAUUCAUUUUCCAACGGAAGCUCAGCAGCAUCGCGGCUCUCGACGUAGCGGUGCCAUGGACACCAGCAUCCCCACGACACUGGUCCGGCCUCAACGAUAAGCCGGAAUACAUUACUUAGACGCUAAAUCAACGAAGAAACAAUCGGCGUCUUUUCGUCGUGGCGAUCUUAACUGUUGGGGUAUCGCUACAAUGUUUGAACACUGUCGAGGAAACCCUCUUUUUGCGAUUUUGUCCAAAAGUCGAAUAAUCCAAGCUCGAGUGAUGAAGCAAUUAAAACAUGGAAGCACUGAUAUUUUUAUAGAGCAAUAAUUAUAAGAUUCUAAGGAAUUAAAAGAAGAAAAAUUGUCUCUUCGCUGUAAUACUUUUAACGCAGUACCGGACAUUUUGUAUCGGUUUCAAUAACAAUGCGUUAUAAUUAUAAGAUUUAGAAAAAGUUAAGAGACUAGUUCCUCUAAUAAAUAUUGGAGAAUACGAUUAUCUCGAUACAGAGUUACGCAAAGGACAAUUGGAUUAUGGGUACGUUUGAAUCGCGAAGAAUCGCAUUACUCGAGUCUUUGAAUUAUUCGAUAACCGGCAUAGAACCGGAUAGAACCGGCAGAUGAAAUAAACCGCACUGAGAACCUAAUGUAUUAUCCUAUUCUCCUCUCCGCGGCUACUGUCUUCUCCACUGAGGUCACGUGAUUUGAGGAAUAUAUCUAGUUGAAGAAAUAUUCACGAAUCUUUCUACUUACGGAAAGUAGCAAUUGAUGUUACUGCCAUUUUUUAAAACGACACAUUAAGAGAUUAAUAUUGGAAUUUAAAAGUAUUUUAUUACAUCUUAUUAUUAUUCUUAUCUUAUUAUAAAAAUAUACAUUCUUGGAACUCUUUAAUUAUUCGAGAAUAAAGUGACAUAAAAAUGAAAUAAAGUGGGUGUAGGACAUAUGUUAGAUCGUGGGCUUCAGAUUUGAAGAGGGAGCAGCCACAUUUUCCAUCGGCGGAAUCUUUCGUCGCCGCAAAGUUGUCGCCUCAGAAUAUCGAAAUAUCUCUUAAGCUCUAAAGCUAAUCUACAUCGGCGACGAGAACAGGGGCGGAAGUUCGACCGAAUCCUUUGUACAUUGUAAAUAACCGUGAGAGAAUCAAAUAAAAAUCAAAAAAUAACGAAUUCAUUAUCGGCGACGAUAAUGUGUUCGCCGCAAUUUUGCGAUAAUAUAAUGGUCCUGGGAUGGGUGCAUGUGCAACCAGCAACUUGAACAACACACUUACUGCCAUGAUAUGCGCGAAACGCAUGAUUAAAAAAAAAACAGCGGGUGGAAAUAGAAGAAUAUUCGCGGUGGGGCGAAAGUCCGCCAUCGCGAGUCUUAGAAACGUCACGUGCCAAAAGAGACUGUCGAUCGUGACGACGACGCUACUAUUAUUCUUAUUAUUAUGACUAGUUAUUAUGAUUAUUACUAUAAAUUACAAUUAUCGAUUACCGUGUAUAAGGGGGUAACUAUUUUGUGCAAUGCGAGAGUGGAGUCUGGCGCCGCAAACGGCGGAGUCAUGAGUUUUUUAACUGAAAGACAAUGGGUGUACAAUCGCACCGAUGCGUGAAUGUUAAGAGCGAAA